AAAAAACAUCCAUGUCGGCAAAUCGCGCAAAGACGUUUGACAAGACCAUGAAGCUGCUGCUUGUCGGCGACUCGGGCGUGGGCAAGUCGUGUCUGCUUCUGCGGUUCGUGGACGACAAGUUCAACCCUUCGUUCAUCACGACGAUCGGCAUCGACUUCAAAAUCAAGACCAUCGAGUUGAACGGCAGCAAGAUCAAGCUGCAGGUGUGGGACACGGCGGGGCAGGAGCGGUUCCGCACGAUCACGACGGCGUACUACCGCGGAGCCAUGGGCAUCAUUAUUGUGUACGACGUGUGCGACGAGAACUCGUUCGAGAGCGUCAAGAAGUGGUACCAGACGGUCAACCAGCACGCCAAGGAUGAGGCGCAGCUGUUUCUGGUGGGCAACAAGUGCGACGACACCGAAAGCAGACAGGUCAGCGAGAAGCAGGGCGAGCUACUGGCAGAGGAGUUGAAUGUGCCCUUCAUGGAGGCCAGUGCGAAGUCGGGGCUGAAUGUCAACGAGGUGUUCUACAAGCUUGCGUCGCUGAUUCUGGAGAAGAACGGCGACGACCUGGCCGUGCCAGCAGACAAGCUCAACGUGAACCAGCAGGGCUCUGCUACAGGCAGCUCGUGCUGUUAGGGUAUAGGCGAACUACAGAUGAAUGUAUGCGAUAUGGUUGUUUCCCAAACGAUCACUGUUCCUAGGAACUUCGUAAGGAUUAGGAAUAUACCGCCACAGGCCGAACUCGAUCACAAAAGUGAGAGUUCCAGGCCCGUUUGUUUUGCAAUCCCUCGACGGAGCUUCCUGUACCAUAGUCCCGGAGGACGGCCUCCCAUCGAUACGCGUCCGUGCGGACGGUAGACAGGAGAUUGUACUAGCUUCUCGAGCGCCGACAAGCACCACAAGCGGCAGCUAACAAAGCAGCG